AGAGGGCACCUGGACAAGCCUGGGUUUGGCUGGUCCUCAUCUCCAUUGUGCCUCUGCUCAGGUGCUGCGUGGUGAUGGCGGUGGAGGACAGCAUGGUGCAGGUUGUGGUUCGGGUGCGGCCCGCCACCCCACGGGAGCUGGAGAGCCAGCGGAGGCCUGUGAUUCAGGUGGUGGAUGAGCAGGUGCUGGUGUUUGACCCCGAGGAGCCCGAUGGGGGCUUCCUUGGCCUGAAGUGGGGCAACAUCCACGAUGGCCCCAAGAAGAAGGGCAAAGACCUGACGUUUGUCUUUGACCGGGUCUUUGGUGAGGCGGCCACCCAACAGGACGUGUUCCAGCACACCACGCACAGAAUCCUGGACAGCUUCCUCCAGGGCUACAACUGCUCAGUGUUUGCCUAUGGGGCCACUGGGGCCGGGAAGACACACACCAUGCUGGGAACAGAAGGGGACCCCGGCAUCAUGUACCUGACCACUAUGGAACUGUACAGGCGACUGGAGGCCCGCCAGGAGGAGAAGCGAUUCGAGGUGCUCAUCAGCUACCAGGAGGUGUACAAUGAGCAGAUCCACGACCUCCUGGAGCCCAAGGGACCCCUUGCCAUCCGUGAGGACCCCGACAAGGGGGUGGUGGUACAAGGACUUUCCUUCCACCAGCCAACCACAGCUGAGCAGCUGCUGGAGAUGCUGACCAGGGGGAACCGUAACCGCACACAGCACCCCACUGAUGCCAAUGCUACUUCCUCCCGCUCCCAUGCCAUCUUCCAGAUCUUCGUGAAGCAGCAGGACCGCGUUCCAGGUCUGACCCAGGCCCUUCAAGUGGCCAAGAUGAGCCUGAUUGACCUGGCUGGCUCGGAGCGGGCAUCUAACACCCAUGCAAAGGGGGAGCGGCUGCGGGAAGGUGCCAACAUCAACCGCUCUCUGCUGGCCCUCAUCAAUGUCCUCAAUGCCCUCGCUGAUGCCAAGGGCCGCAAGUCUCACGUGCCCUACCGGGACAGCAAACUGACCCGUCUGCUCAAGGACUCCAUUGGGGGCAACUGCCGCACGGUGAUGAUUGCUGCCAUCAGCUCCUCCAGCCUGACAUAUGAGGACACUUACAACACCCUCAAGUAUGCCGACCGGGCCAAGGAGAUCAAACUUUCGCUGAAGAGCAAUGUGGUCAGUCUGGACUGUCAUAUCAGCCAGUAUGCCACUAUCUGCCAGCAGCUCCAGGCUGAGGUGGCCACCCUAAGGGAGAAGCUCCGAGUAUAUGAGGCGGGAGCCCAGGCCCCACAACAGGACCUCCCACAGCCCCCCCAAUCGGGCCAUCCACAACAACCCUCCUCCCUACCGCCCUGCCUUUCCAGCCAGCCCUGCACCCCAGAGCUCCACCCAGGGUCUGCAUUCCUUCAAGAGAAGAGCCUGGGGACAGAGGCCCAGGUGGAGAGGGUCAUGGAAGGGAGCUCUUCAGACCAGGAGCAGCCCUCAGAGGACAAAGACAAAGGCGUGGCCAAGGAGGUUCCGAUCCAGGCACCAGAACAGAGCCUCCUACAGUCACUGCCGGAGUCCUCUGACCUGACCCUGGAGCCGAAGCAAGUCAUGGGCCACCUCUCACCACAGCACCUGGAAAGGGAUCAUUUUAAGCAGUUGGCGCUGAAGGUGCUGUGCCUGGCCCAGCGGCAGUACUCCCUGCUCCAAGCAGCCAACCUCCUGACCCCCGACAUGAUCACAGAGUUUGAGACCCUGCAGCAGCUGGUGCAAGAGGAAAAAACUGGGCCUGGAACAGAGGCCUCAGGGACUCCUGGCCCGGCUGAGGGGACACCUCCUGCUCAGGAGCUGUGUUCAGAGUCAAAGUCUCCAGGAUACUCUGGCCCUAUGACCCGGACCAUGGCAAGGCAACUGAGUGGCUUCAUGCACAGUCUGGGGGUCCCACCUGGGCCUGACUACACCUCAGCCCAGGCAUCUCUGCAGUCCAUGGAGAAGAAGAGAAGAAGGAAACUGAGCCCCUCAGAGCAAGAUAGUGCUCCAGCCUCAAAGCCAGGGACCAAGCGCCAACGCCAGUCCUUCUUGCCCUGCCUGAGAAGGGGGUCCCUGCCUGAGACUCAGCCUUCACUUGGACCCACCACCCCCAAAAAGGAAAGGGUCUCCUCCCCCUGCCACUCCCCUCUCUUCUGCCCAGCCACAGUCAUCAAAAGCCGGGUGCCUCUGGGCCCUUCUGCUCUGCAGAACUGCUCCACUCCUCUGGCCCUGCCUGCUCGGGACCUCAACAUCACCUUUGAUCUCUCCGAGGAGCCCCCUUCAAAGCUGGGUUUUCAUGAAUGCGCUAGCUGGGAAAAUGUCCCCCAGAACAGGCUGGAUCAGCCCUUCAUCCCCAGUGGACCUGUGCCCCUGUUCACCAUGAAGGGCCCCAAGCCAGCGUCUUCCUUCCCUGAGACCUCAGCCCGCAAGAAGAGGCGCAUUGUGAGUUCCUCAGUCUCCCGCCGCAGCCGUAUCGCCCGCCUCCCCAGCAGCACCUUGAAGAAGAUAGCUGAGUCCCUUGCAACCCCAGGUGACUAGCACUGGGAACAGGAUGAUCUCCGCCACCGUGACAGAUGAAAACAGGAAGGAGGAAAGGACAAGGUGGACAGAGACCCGAAGGCCUGGGACUACUUCCAAGCAUCUCAGGAACCCUGAUGAGAGAGAUGGGAGG